GCGCUGGAGGAGCUGCUCAGGGCCGGGCUGUGGGACCACGCGCUGCUGCUCAGCGGUGCUGACCUGCCGCUGAGGGGUGUGGACGAGCUGGCCGCCGCGCUGGCCGCUCACCGUUCCGUCUCGUUUGUCAGCACCUUCGACGGCUGGAAGGACGACCCGGUGCGCCCCCAGCCGGUCCGAACUAUGUGCGACAACCACGUGUACACACUCAGUGUUGAACAUUCCCCCGACCCGACUUUUCGCCUGAAAGGAAGCUCUCAGUGGUUUGUCCUCUCGCGGGAAAUGGCCGAGUUCGUGACCAGGCUGGAGCACCACCCAGACAUCGCGCGCAGAAUGUUCCGCUUCAAGAACCUGGGCAUACCCGACGAGUUCGUAUUCUCGACGCUGCUCUUCGCCUCUCCACACCGGAAUGCACACAUCAACACCAACCUGCACUAUCUGAAGAUGUUCCAGCCCAACAACGCCGACGGUCUGUGUCGUCACCAAGACGACGCCGAUUUCUGCGGCAGGGGUCCCGGAGAUUUCACCGAGAAUGACCUGCACAAACUCAAGGUGUGGGGUGUGCCGUUCAAGUUCUUCGCCCGCAAGUUUGCCACCUCUGACCCCUCGUCCGAGGUCAGGUCACGGGUCAUGGCAAUGGCCGCCGAGUUCUCACAGUUCGUACAACGGGAAAUUCCACGAGCUUCUCUCAGGUAUAUCACAAAGUCGGCACUGAAAUUACUACAGAGCCGUUCUAACACAUCUGAGUUUAGAACUGUAAGCGGACAGAUUUUACCGACAAAUAUAACGAAAGUUAUGGUGUUUCCGAGAUUUGGCAGCCCCUCCGACCACUGCCGGCCAGCCUGGCAGCUCUGGAGGACGGCAGUGGAGCAGUUCGUUUUCUGGGUCGACUUCUCUGUGAAGCUGGACGGCACAGCGGGGGCGUCUGUGGAGGUGCGGGCUCGCGCGACCGGCGCCCCGACCGUCCGCUGCUACCCCUUCGGUCAUCUGCUGGCCAUGGGCCUAGGUGGUGGCUACCGAACACAUGACAACGCCACGGUCAGGGAGCGGCGGCCACCGUUCCCGUUCCUGCGUGCCGGCGUGCGGCGCGUGACGCUGGCGCUGCUGUUCUCUGUCUCUGGCGCUCUGAGGCGGCAGCCGGACGGCGGACGACCGCUCGCCCUCCGCCGGCGGUCCAACGUCACGGCACCGGAGCCCGUCUCAGUGGCGGUCACAGUCGCUGACGGCGGCGGAGCGGUCUGGUGCUUCAGCAGAGUGAACAUCACGCUGAGGUCGCUGAAGCACAGUCAGGACCUGAACGUGACGCACGGAUCGCAGACGGCGACUGUCGACUGUCGCGCUCCCCUGCCGUCCAACAAGUACACCGCCCGGCUGGUCCAGGACGGCGUCGGUAGGCCGUACCAGUACGCUCUGGCGUUCCACGUCGUGCCCAGAGACGCCGGCGAAGAGUACCGCCACACGGCGGACCUGUGGAGCGUGGAGAACGCGGCCACCCUGCCCCUGCCCGACUACUACGAUUCGGCUGGUGAAGCCGAUCCAUUCGAGCCGUGGCUGCCUCGCUCGACACCACCAGAGUCGGUGCAGAACGCUCGCCGUCCACGGGACGCCAGUGCCACUCGGCUCAGUACCACGGCCACCGCCGGGGAUCGCUCCGGGGCCCGGCCGCUCGGCCAGGGGCGUUCCGAGGCUCCGGGAGGAGGCCGGUUGGCUCCCACCGUGCCAGUGACCGCUGAAAGAUUAGAUGGCGGUGGUCAGUCGCUACCAGAGAGUGGGCGCGGCUCUGACCUGACCAGCUGCGACUGUCCGGGCACGGAGCCGGGAGCGGACCGCAGAGCGGCGCGGCAGGCGAACCCGUACUGUUCUGGGUGGCCCCUCGGGCGGCCGGUGGCGGCCGCCGCGGCUCUGACGGCCCUCAUGCUGGUCCUUAUCGCGUCGCCGCGGUGGUGGAGAAGGCGCCGCGACCUGGUGCUGUGGCUGCUGCCCGCCGCCGCCCUGGGCUACCUGACGCUCCGGGCACUGGCCGCAGCGGCGUGCGAGAGACUCCGGGCGGGCCAGGCGGGCGAGCCGUGACUGAGCGUCGUCACGGGUCAAUGUGCGGAGCUCCACCAGUGCUGGGUCGGGGAGUGACAGACCGCGGGUGUACUGUGCAGGUUAAAGUGGAACGGUCUGUGGUCGGGGUGUGUUAAAGUGUUCAGACUUUUCAGUGGUGGGGUAUUGGAAAGGGAUGCUAUCUAGUCUUUUGACCUACGCUAGUGUCGAUUCCUGAAUGCGCACAAGUACGUCACAACAUGGAUGAGCGAUGAGUCAUGAAUUUACAUACAUGAAGUGAUUGUAAGUUUCGUGGCCUUUUCCAGGAAAAUCUUCUUGUCA